ACGGAAUGUUAGUCUAUUUUCAGCGUUCAUGUGUAACGGUUGUGUGCUGUCUUACCACUGUGCAACGAAAGUUGGUUGAGAGGCUGUCUUCUACGGAUGCGGAUGAGUGUUUCGUCUAUCUCUGCGGAGUCUCGGUGAAUGUUUUGGACGGGAUGUGGUGUCAGUGAUUCAGUGUUUUGUUUUUGGUUUAGUGCUCUUGAGCGAGGUUCCUCGUCGUCGUCGUCAUCGUGUGGGGUGCCACGUGAAGUUCGCCUAAGUGCGGCGGGUGUAAAUUUUAUGAAGUUGGCUCGCAUAAAAUAUCAAAGGCCAUCGUGAAGUGAAAGAACGGUACUCCUAGCAAAGUCCGGUGCUUGUGGUGAUCACGAUUGUAGCGCGGAUUCGAACGCGGAUUCCAAGUGACGGGAGUGGGCCGGAAGAUUUCACCCUAUUUCUGAUAACUGCAUGUCUUCAAGAAAGAGUUCAACAGGUUAUAUCGGGGAAUACGACGUAGAUCGCCGAACUGACUUUGGUGACUUGGUCAAACGCAAGUAAGUGGAAAGAAGAUGAGAUUUAGCGAGGCGGACUGACAGCGAUACGAGCUGUUGUUGACAGAAGGGGAUACAAAUAUUUUUUUCUGCUGAGGACCUAGCAGGUUGUGUGUGUGCAAGCGUUCUUCCCUGCUUCACUCGAACCUGCAAACUUUCCUAACGAAGUAUCUGCGCUACGGGAUUUGCUGUGCGAAAUGGUCCAGUAGCUCUACCGGAAACGGUUGAACAAUCAAAACCGAAUAAAACUACUCUCCGUUGGUUCGCGAUAUUUUAUCUGUAGACACUGCACACUCCGGCGGUCCGCAACCGUGGCGAGAGACAGCGAAAUGCAAUUAUCUAUUUUUUGUUAGGAAGGAAACUAAUAAAAUCCUGAAAGCAAAAUUAAAACUAAAUAAACCAAAAGAAACGCCGUGGGUAUGCCGAGGCAAUCAUAAAAUAAGCACAAAAGUGAGGAAAUUCUAGUGGUCCUUUCCGAAGAGCACUCCGAAGCGACGCCAGUUCAAUGAAAACGAGUUCCCGUGAAGUGAGCUGAGAAAAUUUUAUUUUAUGACCGAUUUUCAUUCCUGGCUACAAAGUAAACCGUGAAGAGCUCUUUGUCAUUCGUCCGAGAGACGGUGGAAAUUCACAAAGUGAACGUGCAGUGAUUAAAGCGAAGAAAAAACUCAAUAAAAUCUGCAAUCGCAAGAGAUCGUCUCCUGCAAAGCACAUGUCACACCGUGUCAGGUGAAAGAAAUACCUACCGUCACCGGAGCACUAUUCAACUAGUCGUGUCAAUUGCAAAUACCUUCCCAUCCAUCUGUACAUAUCGUUGGCAAAUGUUUAAAAGUGAAAACUUUCAAAGCGCAAAGUGACAGUGGCCGACCAAACCCCCGGCCUCCCACCCGCACAGUGAACAGCAAAGUGAACAAAUUAACUACUCUUCGGGAUUCGGAUUCUUUCGCUGCGGUGAGUCCAAACCGUCAUCGGAGCCGGCUUUAGUCAGCAGGUGGCAGUCGAGGCAUCUGUCAGGUUGAGGGAAAAGGUUGAGUGAUGAUAAUGAACGUUAUAUGAACGUUAAAGGUCUCAUUUAAGUCAUAUUUUUAGAGCCCGCAUCUGUACUUCACGACGACAUCGAGGGGGCGAAAUACAGUCCAUCGAGCGACAACCCGGAGCAUAAAUCAUUAGCAUGAAUUCCUACUGGCAUGCGGUACUCCAAGGGACCAUAAAAGUCACCGCCAGCAACAACAGCAACAGCAGCAGCACAGUUUGCACAAGUGUUAUAAUUUACAACCUGUACGGCAACAAUCACAUUGUUUGAAGUCAAAAAACAAAACAGAACAGAAGAAGACGCAAAGAAGAUAACAAACAAACAGGCAGUUCGGCAGUCCAAGGAAAAGAGAAAAUCGUGAAGUGUUUGUAAUUUACAAUUUCGACCUAACCAAGUGUAAAUAGUUAAACAGUAGCAUAACGGCAUAAAAAGUUUUGUUGAGAUAUUGGUCUGGUGUCUAUUGUUGAAGUUGUCUCUGUUACCCAGUGUAUGCGUGGGUGUGUGUGUGUGUGCGCGCGCGCGGGAAAUUGUAAAUAAUCGGAAUCGUUGAACCGUUUGUGGUUAUAGUUUGAAAACAACCAUAGAAAUAGAUCAUAAAGCAACGGGAAAAUAAGUCAUUUUACUCCGGUAGUGUAUUUUCGGUGCAACAAAGUUGCUGUGAGCCGAAACCGAGGAAGUUGAGCGAAAAUUUUGCUGUGAGCAAGAAGCCCAUUAACAGUGAGGAAAAAAGUGAGAACAAACGAAAAAGUUUGCAUCCAGACGAGUUUGUUUGACGAAAACAAAAAGCGGUUAGAUUCGGAAGUGAAGCAGUAGGCGAAAAAGAGAGUUGUUGCGAAAAGUUGCCCCUGAAUUAACAGAGUUGUGAAAAAGUUAGGCGUCACCAUGGAAACCGAGGAAAUUAUUAAACUGGUGGACGGGAUUUAUAAGAAUAUCCUGGACAAGUUCAACCCCGGAGCACGGCAGUUGAUCAGCGCCGGCAAGGCCUACCUGAAGGCCCUCCAUGGAGCUUCCGCAGCAUCGAAUCUGUUCAACGAGGCCCUGGCCAAAAUUGCUGUUAAUGCGCAGCAAGGCGGAACCAUCGAUGUCGGUUCCGCCCUGAUGAACAUCGUCGGAGUGUACAAAGAGAUCCAGGACCAACACAUGAACAUUCUGAAAGCUUUCUACGUGGACCUGCUGGUGCCGUUGGAGACCAACCUGGAGAAGGACACCAAGGUGGUGCAGUUCGAGCAGAAACGAUUUCUCCAGCAGCAUAAACUGCGCUCGGACAGCUACAGCAAGGCGGCGGCCACCAUGAAAAAGUACCGCAAGAAAAGUACGUCCAAGAGUUCGCCGAAAGAUGCCGAGAAGGAGAUUCGCAGCAUCCAAAGCUUCGAGGAGGAAAAACACAAACUGGACCAGUUUUGCGAGUUGAGCUUGAAAAAUGCAAUGACCCAGGAGCGCCGCCGGUACGGGUUUGUGCUGGAACGCCAGUGUUCGCUGGCCAAGCACUGGAUGGCCUAUCACCACUCGGGACACUUGAUCAUCGAAAAAUCGCUGGAUAAUUGGAACGAUGUUGCCGCCACACGUGAGUUUUUGCCGUCCAACGUGGAAAACAUGUUCAUCUCCAAACAGCUGAAGGAUAUCGAAGACGAUGACGACGAUGCGCAGUCGAUUGCUUCCCAGUUGCGCAAGACUCGUUCCAUCGAUGCUUCGUGUUUGGACAUGCGCUCGCUGGGGGACGUCGUAAACAGUACGAUAAUGCAAAUGCCCCGGGCCAAAUCGGAAUUCAAUCUGAACAAUAGCAGCAGCACCAGCGUUAGCACGUUGGUUGGUGUGAUUAAUAGUUCGGGUGGCCCCGGGGGACACAUAAUGAGCUCGGCGACCAUGAACAACAACGGUGACGGCAACCAGUGGGAAAGGCCAACCGUCAAGGCUCUGUACGCGUACUUGUCGUCGGGUGAAAAUCAGCUUAGCUUUCUCGAAGGUGACCGCAUCGCCCUGGUCGGUGAUCGUGCCAAAGGGUGGCAGUUUGGGGAAAAUCUACGCACCCAAAAGUUCGGAUGGUUCCCGAUUGCGUACGCCGAGAACGACCGGGACAACGAUAAGGAAAGCAUCGGUGAAUGGGUGAAAGCACCACCCAGCGAGAUUGAAGUGGAGAACACACCGGAUUCGUCAUUGGAAAGUACCUUGGUGGAUGAACACAUGCACAAAGGUCCGAACAACCACUCGUACCACGAGGACGCCUCGCCGACUCGCAUGUUCGGUGAUACCAUUCAGUACCGUCAGUCGAAACAGUUCCGUCGUUUGUCCCGCGGAGAAAAGCCACCGAAGCCGGGUCCACCGCCGCAGCUGCCCGCACCGGUUCCAACACCAGUCGUGCCUAACUACAACAAAUCGCAGGGAGUUCCCCAGUCCAACAGUUUCUCCUCGGCGGGUGGAGCUCCGCUGGUCGAAAAACGCAAGACUCCUUCGGCCACGAUGAAUUUUAACAAACCGCCAUCAUCAAACAAACCGAAACCAUCGCGUAAUGGAAUUGCCAGUGCCUCACUGCAUAGCAGCAAUGACAGCGGUUUCUCAAAUGAACCCCAACCCCAGCCCGAACCGGAUCUGUACUCGGACGAGGAGACGGUCAAUCGGGUUCCAAUCAGAUCGUCCCGUUCGGAGAAGAACCUCUCGUCACCCCGCUCGAUGGAACGUGAAAUGAGUGAACAGCGCUCACCGCAUCGCCGUUACGGCAGCGCACAGAAUGGCCACGACCACGAUCUGGACGAUGACGACAUCUAUGGGACAAUAGUGCCACCACGUCGGCAGCACGCAAACAACAUGCGCCAGGCAAAUAGUUUUGGCAACAUUGCGGAAAGCAACAGCGGCACGCUGGAAUACGCUUAUCGCUCGCGGACUCGAAUGUCGGAUGGCAACACCAAUCAAAGCGAUUCGCAGAAGAUCAAGCGAACCAAAUCGUUCUGGAAGUUUUCGAAAUCGCAGGACCACAUUCUGGAGGGAAUGGCUAUGUGGAAGCACAACGAUAUCAUUCCGACGGGUCGGGAGAAGCGUGAAAUGGAGAAAAAGGAAGCGACGCUAAAGAGAAACAUGCGCAAGAAGGAACAAUUGGAGAAACAGAAACAGAAGGAAAUGAUCGCCGCUAAAGAGGUGGAAGAAGCUAGAAAGAAAGAAAUGGCGAGAAGCGUCGAAAGCAGCACGUUGUUGAGAAAUCGUGAGCGUGAACGUGAACGUGAGCGCGAUCGAGAACGAGAACAGGAUCGGGAUCGAGAUCGGGAAAGAGAUCGAGAAAGAGAACAACGUGACCGAAUGAGGGAACAGAGACCACACAGUAUAGCAGUGAUGCCAGAGCAGGAAAAAUUUCCGAUCACCAAAUCGGAUAUCGACAAAAGAAUUUCGAAACUGGACGAAAUGAAUCAACAACAACAACAACAGCAGCAGCACCAGCAAUCAAAGAAGUCAAAUCAGAUGGCCAGAUCGGACCGUCAAGACAGGCAGGAUCGUCAAGAACGGCAGGAUCGGCAGGAUCGUCAAGAUCGGCAGGAUCGCCAAGAACGACAAGAUCGUCAAGACCGACAGGAUCGUCAAGAUCGACAGGAAAGAGACCGCCGCCAUGAAGAAUCGGACCGCAAAUCAUCGAAGCAAAAUAAGAAUGACUCCAACAACAAUCGCAAUGCUUACAACGAAAGAAUGGAACAGGACGAUCAGAUCUACGGCGAUUCCAUGCAGAUGAUGCCGAAGAGUAAGGAAAAAUACAGACCAUCCGAGCGGGAAACAAGCAAAAAUCGAAACAAUAACGCAUUGAACAAGUACUAUCAGGACCAGCACUUCGAUGAUUUUGCCAUCAUCCCCGGGGAUACCAUCAUGAUUCAGGACACCAGUUUCUACGAUGACGAUGGGAUGAUGGACGACAUGAUGCUGAUGAAGACGGUUCGCCGAAAGGAAAUUCUCAAGCAGUACUACUCGAGCGGUACGGACACCGAGCGGAACUCGUCCAGUUCGGAUCCGUACGACUGUAUUGUGGUUGAUGAUCAUCUGGUGUCCGCUGCCGACAUGAUGAUGAGAAAGAACCGUGGCGAGAAGAUGCGCGAUGCCCGAAAGGCCAACGGCGAAGGAAACCGAAUGGACCAGAAGAAACCGGAAGAGAAGAUGGCGUUUUCGACGUUUCGCAGUACCGCCGUCGACGAGGACGAAGCCAUUAUGAUGAUCGAGGACGAAAUGAUCGAAGAACCGAGGGAACGUCGUUCGAAGCUGUCCAAGGCCAACAGUGCCGGCCCAAUCAUGGACUCAAUGAAGUACGAAUCGGAGCAGGAAUCACGCAUCAGUGCGAAAGUAACCAGCAAUGGAAACCAGAAACGAAAGUCCACCAAAUCGACGGCUUCCGAUGGAAAGGCCUACGGUCCGUGGUACGAUCUGUGGGGAACGGAUUCUACGAUGCAGAGUCAAAAGUAGGUUAGGUUAGGUGAAGUCUAGUUUAUCGUAGAACACAAAAAAAAAACAAACAGCUCUAUUUUAAUAUGACGAUAAGGAAAUAGCUUUUAAUUUAUACGAAACAUUCUGUUAAAUUGUAGAUCUGAUAUCCACUUUUAACCCACAAAAGCCAAAUUCGUAGCCAACUCAUACUGAAAUAAUUCUGACCGAGGUUAGUCAACCUUUAUCGCUAGCGUAAAGAUUGAGAUUAAACCCACCACCAACGUAUGUAAAAUAUCCAGGAAUUUAAUUUCUUCAAACACUUUUCAAAGUCGCAAAUGCGAACUAUCGUACAAAGAAGUAACAGCUCAAUUCCCAUCCAGUCAAACAAUUCUAAGCAGACAUUCAGAAAAGUGACUACGAAACACACUCAAUUUCAAUUUACACCCAUUUUGUUUAGUAUUAUCUUUUAGCAUUUUUGUUAUUCAACGUUGAGUUUAGUAAGGUUUUUUUAAUUGAUUGUUUUACCCGCUAAUCCGAUCGGGAGAUCGCCAUCGAUCGGUUUAGGGAAAAAAAAGGACGAGCGUGAAAUUUUGGUGCUCAUGUCAUGUUGAAUCCAUGCAAACAUGAAUCGUCUACAGCCGGAAGGCAACAUAAAUUUACUUUGGUUGAGGUUAUUUUUUUUUUUGCUAUUAUAAAGUCGAACAUACAACAAAAAAUCCCUAGUGUUUACAUUAUGUCAUAACCCUUACUCAGUUAGUCAGUAUUUUUAGAACACUUGCGAACGGGUUGCUCCCCAAAAAAAGACAGUUUAUGCUAGUUUUUACCAGUACCAUUUAGCAAAGGACAACUUAAGUUUAAGAGAGUAUUAUACAUAUAUUUUGUUCUUAGAUUAAAUAUAUCAUGAAUCGUUAUUUCUUACGAAGUGCCAAUCGACGAGAAAGAGAGAAGUUUGAUCGACGAAGGAAUGCAAGAUUGUGAAAGCGCCUCUCGGUAGGCAACCAGGCGUGCACACCACUGCUCGAUCAAUGAUCGAAUGAAGCAAGAAUGGGUGAAAGAUUUCAAUGCAGCUGUUCGGAUCGAGCCAGGCGCGCCUUGUUUUCAUUCUUUGUUAUAGCUUGCUAGGAUGUAAGAAAAUAUGUAGUACUUAGUUUGUUUAGGUUAUGAGGCAAAAUGUACAUUCGUUUAUGUUUUUUUACAUUUAAGUUUUAGUUUUUUAUUAAUGCAGUUCGAUUCCAGCGUAAUUUAUGUCAUGAUUGUAAUGAAUAUCAAUUUGUAAUUAACAUUUUCUGGAAAUAAAAUUAUUUUACUCAUA